AUGAGGAAAUAUAACUACUCACUAGCAUUUCAUGGAACAAGAGCAUAUCUUAUAGACAAAAGUCUUAUACUAAUAGUUUUGUUAUGGUUAGACCCAGUUGUUGGAUAUAACUUCAUAACUUAUGGUUCAUUCGACUCAGAACGUUGCAGUGAAGGCUUACUUUACAUCGUUCAGAAACCGAAGGACUUCAAUACAAAGAGAUAUAAGAUAGGAAGAACAUAUAAUAUAACUCAAAGAUAUGACAGUACAGUCAAUAGAGUCAAGGUUGUGUUCGUUAAUGAUAUGAGAGCUGCUGAAACAGAACUACUUGAAAAGUUUGAGAAAAGGUAUGGUGCUCCCAUGAAAGGUAAAGAAACGUUUGAAGUAGAUGAGAUAGAUAAAGCUAUAAAAUUAUUUGACGAAGUUGCUGA